GUCAGUGUUUCCCCGCAAGUGCGAGCAGCAGCAGCAUUUGUAGCAGCAGCUCUGUUCACAGCGUUAGCAGCUAUGGCCACGACGGCACAGUACAUUCCGCGGACUAACGCGCUGUCCUCCACCCCGCUCAUGCACCCAGACCCGGACCGCAUGCACCAGGGCACCACGUACCGCGAAGUGCAGAAAAUGAUGCACCACGACUACCUGCAAGGGCUCACGCACCACCAGUGGCUGCCCAGGUCCGCCGCGCCCGACUGGAGCGGCCAGGCGGAGCACAAGAGCGCCUGCGAGGAUCUGCCAGCAGCCGUGUACCAGCGCGCGCACAUCGCGCACCAGCCGAGCCAGGGCGCCCACCACCCGCAGCAUCACCACCAUCACCACCACCCUCAUCAGAAUCACCAGCACCACCACGGCGCUACAUGGGCGGCGACCACAGCGCACCACCUGCCCCCUCUGUCACCGGGCACGGGCGCGCACCAGCCGCUGCUCUACUCGCAGACGGGCUACGGCAUGCUCAGCGCGCCGCUGCACGAGGACGCGGGCGGAGGAGGCGGCGGAGGCGGAGGUACGGGAGGAGGAGCAGGAAGCGAAGGCGCUCUCGAAGCAUCGCCGCACGCGCCCUACGGCCACCAGCAGCAGCAGCAGCACGAGCUGCACUCGGACGAAGACGCGCCAAGCUCGGACGACCUCGAGCAGUUCGCCAAGCAGUUCAAGCAGCGGCGCAUCAAGCUGGGCUUCACGCAGGCGGACGUGGGCCUCGCGCUUGGAACGCUCUACGGCAACGUGUUCUCGCAGACCACCAUCUGCCGCUUCGAGGCGCUGCAGCUGAGCUUCAAGAACAUGUGCAAGCUCAAGCCGCUGCUGAACAAGUGGCUGGAGGAGACGGACUCGAACAGCGGCAGCCCCACCAACCUGGACAAGAUCGCGGCGCAGGGCCGCAAGCGCAAGAAGCGCACGAGCAUCGAGGUGGGCGUGAAGGGCGCGCUGGAGAACCACUUCCUCAAGUGCCCCAAGCCCUCGGCGCACGAGAUCAGCACGCUGGCCGGCACGCUGCAGCUGGAGAAGGAGGUGGUGCGCGUGUGGUUCUGCAACCGCAGGCAGAAGGAGAAGAGGAUGACGCCCGUGGGGGUCCCACACCCCAGCAUGGAGGACGUUUACGCGCAGGCCGAGACACCCCCGCUGCACCACACACUGCAGAGUCCCGUCCCGUGACCGACUGACCGACUGACUGACUGCUCCAUGCGCUCACUUCCAAAAAAAGACUGAGAGAGAGAGAGUGACAGAGAGAGAUAAAGAGACCACCGCAGCAGAAGCAGCGAAUAGAAAGGGACUAAAAGGAUUUGUCUGUGUUUCAUCUCUGUUUCGUUGCGUAUUUGUUUAUCCCGAGAGGCAACGCGUACUCGCUUUACAGCAAAAGUUGGGUGGAAAGAGUUUUGGUGUGAGUGAGCCGGUCACGGUGACGCAGGCACAGCAGAAAGAGUGAAAUAGUCUCAUGUAUAGCUGGUUUCAAACAGCUGGUUUCAUUCUAUUCCUGACUAGUUUGUUUUUGGGGGGUGCAUUGUGGAGAGAAAUAAAUUUAAAAAAUGGCUUAUUUUAGCGCCGCUUAAAGGGAGCCCCUGCUCCACAAACGAGACCGCGUGCGCGCGCGUGGCUAACGUUAGUCUCACGUAGAUGAACAGGGACUGGAUGGACCCUACACGACCACCAUUAAUAGCGGUUAAUGGUGCUGGUGCAGGAUCCAUCCAGCCUUGUUCAGCUCAUCUCUCACACUGCUCCUCCUCUGCUGUUUCUUUUCAGUCUGGGAUGUGGGAUCUUUUCAGGGUUUGCUUUUUAGUGAAAAUGUUGUGUUCAAUAUUCUGCAAACAGCAAAGUCUCCAGUGUUGAACGAGCACCUGCCGUGUUUCCAUCAGCCACAAUGGAAACGCUGUAAGAGUGAAUUGGACACUGUAGGUGCUGAUUCUUCUCUGCAGACUGUGCUGCCACUCUGUGCUUUGGUUUGUCCUUCGAGGAAACAAAAGCUCGAGCAGUUUUGUGUCCGAGCCACUGAGCCAUGAUACGGAGAAGUGGAGCACGAGCUUUCUGUCUCCGUACAGCACACCCUGCACAGCCAUGGGCCUAAAGUACAGCACACAGCCAUUACACGCGCACGAGCUUCUUAUUUUGACGUUUGUUUCUGCUUUUCUUCUUUCUUUUCUUGUUCUCUUGUUUUCAUGAGCACUUAUUCUGGCGUUACUGUAAUGUGGCUACUUUAGUGUGUCCAUGCUGGGGGAAAGCGUGCUGGUUUUAAAGGCAAGCUGAAAGAAAUGUCUUCUUCUUCUUCUUCUUCUUCUUCUUCUUCUUCUUCUUCUUCUACUUCUUCUACUACUUCUUCUUCUACUUCUUCUACUUCGUCUUCUUGUUUACAUUCUCCAUAAAUGUUCCCAGUGCUGGAGCUCUGUCUCCCCUGCGUAGGUUUAUCUCCCUAGUGUAAAGCGUGCUGAGGGUGAGAGGGCUAAAGUACAGAAGUGCUCAAUCUCAGGUAAAAUCCCAGCGCCUGUCCAGCUCCACUCCUCUACAGCCCACUGUGGACCACCACUCUCUACUGAGCCCCUUACUGUCCCACUGUGCUCCUGACUCACACCCACCGGAUAAAGGGAGAUAUUGUGGGGAGAAAAUCAGCUGCUGCUGCGGGACUAUUUCUGUUUCUUUCUUCUUUCCUCUUGUUCUGUCUUUAAUCUGUCUGAGAGCAGCACAUAAACCGAGGGAUCCUGACUGACUCGUGCGUUUCGUGUCUUUUCUCAUCUGUGAGUGAGCAGCUUGGAGCAGGUGUUCAUUUUUUUCCUUUCUUUUCUUUUCUUUUUGCAAUCCUGUCAUUUGAAACGGUGUGGAUAUACAACUUUUUUCCAGAAAAAAAAUGAAAAAAAUGAAAAGAUUUUAAAUAAAUAGUUGUCAUGAUUAUUUCCAAUAUGUAAAUAUGUCCAAUAUGUAAACAUAUGUAUUUGUUCUGAGUUUGUUUUUUGGGUUUUCCUUUUUCUUUUCUUGUUUCCUCCGAGCAGUUUUGUACACUUACUAAUUCCAAGAAGAUAUUUUAAUAUUUCAUUUAAGAAUUUGACCGUUUAUAUAUCUAUAUAUUUAUUUCUUAAAUGUGUUUGGAGCUUUUUUCGUUGGGCUCUGUUAAUUAUGUUGCAGUGGAUUACAAAUGUUUUGUUUACUACAUUUGGUUGUAUGUUGAUUGCGAAAUGUAGACUGCAAAGUCACAUUUAUAUUUAUGUUAUAGUAAUAUUUUAUUACUUACAUAAAACGUAUAUACAGGUA